GUUUUUCUUGGGGCACCCAGCUGGCUCAGUCAGUGGAGCAUUAGACUCAUGAUGUCAGGGUUGUGAGUUCAAGCCCCGUGUUGGGCAUGGAGCCUACUUAAAAAAAAGAAACAUGUUUUUCUUGAGAGUACUAAAUGCUCACUUCAUUUAACAAAAAUAUUGCUAGGUAGAUUACAUUAGAUUUCCAGAUUUGAUUUUCACAACUUUGAGAGGUGAUAACAAUGAUAAAGAGCAGUUAAGGGGUGAACUGUGGUAAAUGAAUACCAUUCCAAACAGGUAGAUAGGGCAAAACCAAAUGCUUUAUAGAAAAAGCAGUCAGAUUUUCAAGGGAAAUUAAUUGUUGCUUCUGCCAUGGGAAGUUAAAUCUGUAUUUAUUAUGUAAGUAUAUAGACUAAUAAUCUAAAUUGCCUUUAGAAAUAUGUUACUCUUUCACUAUCUCCACUCAGUGAAUGAUACCAGUAUGUCUCUCAGUGAGGGCUUCCUUUUGCUGAUUCUUCAUCAGACUGGAAUUCCUGCUGGGAAAUCGGCUGAGACUCAGGAAAUGCAGCUCACCACUGAAAUACACAAGAAAUCAGAGUUUUUCAAAGCUGUAAGGAGAGGUGACGCCAGGACUAUCUCAAGUGGAAUAUGCACUUCGCAGGCACAAACUAAUGUCUCUGAUCCACAAGGAAACAGAAGGGCAGAGUGGGACAGACCAGACAGUGGUUCUCCUGUCCAACCCUACAUACUACAUGAGCAAUGAUAUCCCCUAUACUUUCCACCAAGACAACAAUUUCCUGUACCUGUGUGGAUUCCAAGAGCCCGAUAGCAUUCUGGUCCUUCAAAGCCUCCCUGGCAAGCAGUUACCAGCGCAUAAGGCCAUGCUUUUUGUGCCUCGGAGAGACCCUAGUCGAGAACUUUGGGAUGGCCCACGAUCUGGCACUGAUGGAGCAAUAGCUUUAACGGGAGUGGACGAAGCCUAUACACUGGAAGAAUUUCAACAUCUAGUACCAAAACUGAAAGAUGAGACAAAUAUGGUCUGGUAUGACUGGAUGAGGCCCUCUCACGCACAGCUUCACUCAGACUACAUGCAGCAUCUGACUGAGGUCAAAGCCAGGAGCAAGAAUAAAGUUCGGGCUGUCCAGCAGCUGGUACAGCGCCUCCGGCUGAUCAAAUCUCCUGCAGAAAUUGAGCGAAUGCAGACUGCUGGGAAGCUAACAUCACAGGCUUUCAUAGAGACCAUGUUUGCCAGUAAAGCUCCCAUGGAGGAAGGCUUCCUUUAUGCUAAGUUUGAAUUUGAAUGCCGGGCCCGGGGUGCAGACAUCUUAGCCUACCCGCCCGUGGUCGCUGGAGGUAAUCGGUCAAACACUUUGCACUAUGUGAAGAAUAAUCAGCUCAUCAAGGAUGGGGAAAUGGUGCUGCUGGAUGGAGGUUGUGAGUCUUCUUGCUAUGUGAGUGACAUAACCCGUACCUGGCCUGUCAAUGGCAGGUUCACAGCACCUCAGGCAGAACUCUAUGAAGCUGUUCUAGAGAUACAGAGAGACUGUCUGACCCUCUGCUCCCCUGGGACAAGCUUGGAGAACAUCUACAGCUUGAUGCUCACACUGAUCGCACAGAAGCUAAAGGAGUUGGGGAUCGUGAAGAACAUUAAGGGAAAUAAUGCCUUCAAGGCUGCUCGAAAAUACUGCCCUCAUCAUGUUGGCCAUUACCUCGGGAUGGAUGUCCAUGACACUCCAGACAUGCCCCGUUCCCUCCCUCUACAGCCUGGUAUGGUAAUCACGGUGGAGCCAGGCAUUUAUAUUCCAGAGGAUGACAGAGAUGCCCCAGAGAAGUUUCGUGGUCUUGGUGUACGAAUUGAAGAUGAUGUAGUGGUGACUCAGGAUUUACCCCUCAUCCUUUCUGCAGAUUGCCCCAAAGAGAUGAAUGACAUCGAACAGAUAUGCAACAGGGCCUCUUGACCCUCUUUGCAGCCCACGUGCCUCUCAGGUUUAGAGGCGGUAUACGUCUGCAUCUGUGCAUGUUUGCCGACUGAGCGUCUCUGCGUGUAUGUUUCUACACAUGUUCCAUUUGGGAGUGUGGCAACUGUAUAGAAUGUAUGAAAUUGCGUAUGUGAUAUUUAAGUAGCUAAAAAUCUGGAAAAUUGAAUUUUUGAACAGUAUGUUACUACAACUUUAGUAACAUUAACUCUGUACAAUUAAUGACCAAGGCAGGUUUAAUUUUUAAAUGUACAGAAAAAUCUUGAUUAUAUGUGUCCAUGCAUUCCAGUUAACACAAUGAAACAUACAGAAAAUAUUCUCCUUCUCUCCAACUUUUUCCCUUUCUACACUUUUGCUGAGAUCUACCUAAUAUCAUAAGCUGUUCAUGAUGCUUAUAUUUUGAGCUAACCACCAAUGUUUCUGCCUAUACUAAAAGCCACCUGUCAGUGAUUGUGGGUGGCCAAUACAUAUAUAUCUUCCAUAACUCCUAUCCAUCUCUUCCAGAUCCUAUAUAUCUACUGGAACCAUAUGAGCCCUUGUGGGCACUGGGGUCCUGCAAUCCCACCAUUCAGCUCCAAUCCAGAUUCUAGCAACACUAACUACUAAACAAAACAGUUUUUUUUUUUUUUAUUCUUACGUUAAUCCCCAUACAUUACAUCAUUAGUUUUAGAUGAAGUGUUCCAUGAUUCAUUGUUUGUGCAUAACACCCAGUGCUCCAUGCAGAAUGUGUCCUCCUCAAUACCCAUCACCAGGCUAACCCAUCCUCCCACCCCCCCUCCCCUCUAGAACCCUCAGUUUGUUUUUCAGAGUCCACAGUCUCUCAUGGUUCGUCUACCCCUCCGAUUUCCCCCACUUCAUUCUUCCCCUCCCGCCUAAACAAAACAGUUUUGAGUUUUUCUUGCUAUUUGGUUGCUUGUGGCCUGCAAAGUGUUUAGCACUUGAUGAAGGAAGAAAUGGAAGAGAAAGAAAAGCAUAUAUGUAUCUGCUACAUAUCUACACCUCUGUCCAUCUGUUCUCAAUCUGAAGAAGAUUCCUUUUCCAGGUAUCCAUGCUUUCUUUGUAGAUUCUUAGUGCACUGACCCACAGAGUACACCCUUGAAGCUGCUGCCCUGGCCAAGGGUAGAUCCUCUCCUUACCCUGCUGACGUCAGAGGGACGGCACCCAGGUUUCAGAGAGAUGCUCCUGUUAUCAUUCUACAGUGUGUCUAGUGCAAUAUAUGGAACUCAUCCAGUACCUGUAAACAUCCUAUGAUCCUUUUAUUUCUCUGAUAUUAGCACUGGAAGGGCAGUAGUAAGGAGUCAUAUUUCCCCUCAACACAGCAUUGGCUGCAUUCAUACAAGAACUCACUUUGCAGAGUGAACGGGGCUAGAUUAUUGCAGAUGGUUUAUUCAGGAGCUUCUGUCAUAGAACUACUGUGCUCGCCUCCUGUAAACCUGGAUAUGGGCCCAAGAUGUACAAAACAUGCUGCUUGUUAGAGCAUAAAUCCGAGGGGUUUUAAGAAAGAAACGAGCUAGGGGAUUAACACUCCCUGCAGUGCUAGAGGUUUGCCCAUCUUAUCAGGAAAACCCAAGGUACAGAGCCAAAAGCAGACAAGCAGCAGCUUCAUCAGGAGACAAAGAUAAUGGUAUAGAGCAGAGUGAUACACACGCUGUCCUGCCAGUACUCACCCUUGAGUGUUCUGGCUUUGCUCAGCAGCUGUGGGAAUGGGUGGCCACACAGCUGGAGUCUUGUCCCUGGGCCUGUCCUCCCCACCUCCCUCCAACUUCUCAGUCCCAUGCUACUUUCUAAAAUAAGGAGACUGAAAAUAAAUACAUAACUCUAGCUUCUCACCCUCUGGGCUCCUGUGGUCCCAACAACCCUUUCCUUGGAUUGAGUGUCCUUAGUUCAUCUACAAUCCUGGAAAAGGAUUUCCUUUUCUUCCUAUAAAUCAUUUUCUGUGGUCUUCAACUUUCUAGCUAAAAGUCUAGGUGGCUUUUAUGUAUAGCAGCCACCUGGACACAAAACAGACUUCUGCUUAGAUUCUCGUCAAGUUCUGCAGAUAAGAGUCCUGCUUAGAAUGGCUGUGGCAGAAUUCUUCUAGUGACUUUUAAUCCCCGAGCCAAGUACAUUGUCCUUUGAGUCCCGGAUUAACCUCAGUAGCUAAGCGUUGCCUCAGACUAUCAGAACCAUCAAGAGAUGGAUGGCAUAGUGUUUCAGGGCUGUCUGACAUAUUCAGGAUUUGUUGAGCAGAUAGCGGUGCACAGGGCAGAAAUCUCAUUCGUUCUUAGCCAUACCACAGACAAGCCCCGCAUUUCCUCCAUGUCUAAGUAUAAUACUUUAUAUAUGCACCAGGCUCUCCUAAUGGAAACCUUAAUCUUCAGAAGUCCUUCAAAUGUUACACUGGGAUUUUUCUCCCUCAGGUGGAGAGAGAUGGUUAGGUCAUUAAUGAUGCCAUGUAAAUGAAGGAAGCAUAGCUCGAUAGCCUCUGCUGCUUACUUUUGUGUGUUUAUCUCAGAAAUUUGUGUUUUUCCUCAUAAUCAGGAAACAGACUAUUGUGUUUUUUAUUUGAAAUGCAGUAGUAGCAAUUGCUGGAGUAGAAACCCCUCUCUUCCCACAGCCAUAAUAUCCAAGCCAGGAAGGUACUUCUCAUGGUGAAUGAAAGUUCUCUCUGGGUCUUCUUUCAAAACACCUUAUUUUUUCACUAUCUUUGUAAGGCCAGAAAGGGAAAACUCCUACCAUAGACAUUAUAUCUUAAUUUGAGAAUAAGAUCCAUAAAAUAAGAAAAUCCCAUGAAGUUUAAUCCCAUGAAGUUUAAGAAAAUCCCAUGAAGACAUUGUAACUCAUUAAAAUAGAAAAAUUGGACUGUGUUAUAUUUUUCAAAGCUGACAUAACCAACAUCCUCUUUAGCUUUCUUAAUAAUAGAAAGAUUACAGAUCUGAUGCAGGAGUGCAGCCUCCUCCUGUGUCUGUGUCAGAGAUCACAAGGACAGCACAGGGACUGCCCUGCCAGGCCAGCUGUGACCUCAGAGUCCUUUGUAACACUGUGUUUCCAUUAACUGCUACCAAUAAGACAAAAUCGGGAUUUGAGUUAGACCCCGUCCGCCAUCCCUCAGCUGGCAUAUGAGCAAUAAUAGAGCUCAUUUGUGUGUGAAUGUGUGUUAGAAACCACGUGAGGGCCCAGGAUGGGGGCAGCAUAAAGGACCCUGCUUGCAAGAGAUUUUUAUGGUGUGGUUAAUUUUUUUAAAUUUUAGUUUCCCGAGGUGGGAUCUGUAACCUAAAACUUAACCUGAUAGUAUUAAGUUUUAAUCCUGGGAAAAUAUAAUUUAAGCCGAAGUGUUUAAUGUUCCUAAUAUAAUGAGAAGGUGAUACAUCAUUAAAUGCUAACAUUUAAUUAGAGCAGAAGCCCAUUGUCACAAAGUACAUGGGUCUUCCUGGCUGCUCUUCUUACUUCUGCCUGUGUGUCACUGAGGAACUUGGGGCUCAGAUCCCCACUGAAAUCAAGGCCUCCUGGGGUAUGCUUCAUGAGGAUCUGAGAGAACUGCAAUCUUUGUUAGCAUUUAUUAAUGCUUUGUAUGACUUUUGUGCAAUUAUAUAAGUUCAGUUUGGACAAAAUGCUGUUACUUUUUAAGGCUCUAGCCACUGAAAAUAGGUAUGUCAUUCCCCAACAAGGGAAAAGCAUUUAUUACUAUAAUUUUAAAAAUAAAUAAACUAUAAAACAAUAGAAAAGUA